UACUGUGGCUUGGCGACUCUCGUUAUCAUUUUGAAUACUCUAGAGGUUGAUCCAGGACGAGUGUGGAAGGCUCCAUGGAGAUGGUAUCAUGAAGAGAUGCUCACGUGCUGCUUACCUCCUGAUGCACUAAAGAAAGGAAUCGUGCUUGAUCAAUUUGUCUCCAUAGCCAAGUGUAAUGGACUAAAUGUGGAACUGCAUCGUGCCACUGAAAACGAGAGUGCCAGGACUUUUCGCGAGGUCGUGGCACAUGCUACUCGAAAGGAGCCACAUCAUGGAAUUAUCGCAGUUUCCUUUGCCCGCAGUGCCCUUAGACAAACUGGAGGCGGCCAUUUCUCUGUUAUAGCUGGCUAUCAUCCGGACCGUGAAAUGGUUCUCUUGUUAGACACUGCUCGGUUUAAAUAUCCUCCACACUGGGCUCCGUUGGGCCGCUUAUGGAAAGGUAUGUGUGAUAUUGAUGAAGACACUCAAUUGCCACGUGGCUAUAUGCUCAUUCGAAGGGAAGAUGGCUGGGAGGCAAAUUUGACUGAAGCGCCUGCAACGAAGGGCUCGAAAACUUCUGGUCCUCAGGAGGUUGUGACUGAUAUUCAGGAAGAGCGGAGUUACGCUGAGGCAUUAAAGAUAUUUGUUGUCUCUGACGCUGCCUGGCAGGUUCGUAGUCUUAUGUCUUCUCGUACCCCCUGA